AUGGCCGCCGUCGAAGCCACCAAAGAGGCCCUGGCGCCGACCCAGCAGUCCAAAGGAACCCUGAAAAUCGAGAACACCGAGAAGAGAGACACCUUGAUCGCGAGCGAGAAGAAGUACCAGCAAAAAUGGCAGAAUGAAAGAGUCUUUGAGCAAGAUGCGCCCAGUCUGGAAGAGGUGCCCUUCCAUUCAAUUGCACCCGCCGAGCUUAGGAAGAAGCACCCCAAAUACAUGGUCACUAUGGCCUACCCAUAUGUCAACGGUACGCCGCACGCUGGACACAGCUUCACGGCAAGUAAGCUGGAGUUCGCAAUUGGCUGGGCAAGGAUGCAGGGAAAGAGAGCUCUAUAUCCCCAAGGUUUCCACUGCACAGGAAUGCCCAUCAAGGCUUGCGCAGACAAGCUAGUCCGAGAGAUCGAGAUGUUCGGUCAGAACUUCGAGAACUGCCCUAAAGAUUCUGUGAAGGAGAACGCUGCGCCAAAUGGUGCUCCACCAGCACCAACGCAAGAGACGACCAAAGAAGACAUCACCAAGUUCUCUGCAAAGAAGUCGAAAGCUGCUGCCAAGACCAACGUCGCUCUGAAGUAUCAAUUCCAGAUCAUGCUUGCUCUUGGGAUUCCCGUUGAAGAAAUCCACAAGUUCGCGGAUGCACAGUACUGGCUUCAGUACUUCCCUCCCCUCUGGAAGCGUGACUUGAACAACAUGGGCUGUCGUGUUGACUGGAGACGGUCGAUGGUCACAACCGACGCCAACCCAUACUAUGAUGCAUUCGUCCGAUGGCAGGUAAAUCGUCUCAAAGAGCUGGGCAAAAUCCGGUUCGGCAAGAGAUACACUGUGUACUCGCCUAAAGACGGACAAGCAUGUAUGGACCACGACCGAUCAAAGGGCGAGGGCGUGACGGUGCAGGAAUACACGGCCUUGAAGCUCCGGGUGAAGGAGUGGGCUGAUGCUGCGAAGGGCAAGAUCGAGGGCAAGAUCCCCGACGGUGCCAACGUUUACUUUGUGCCAGCGACCUUGAGACCGGAAACCAUGUACGGCCAGAAUUGCUGUUUUGUUGGUCCGAACAUUACAUACGGUAUCUACGAAAAGGAGAAGGGCAAGGAAUACUACUUUGUUGCAGAGCGCGCAGCCCGGAAUAUGGCCUUCCAAAACAUUCUCUCCGAGUGGGGUGUCUUUCCAAAGGUCGCUGAACUGCAAGGCUCCGAGGUGGUUGGCACUCUUGUCAAUGCGCCGCUAUCAUUCAAGAAAGGUGGCGUUUACAUCUUGCCUAUGGAGUCUGUAAAGCCUACCAAGGGUACUGGGGUCGUCACAAGCGUGCCGUCGGACUCGCCAGAUGACUACGCUACCUGUCUGGACCUGGCAAAGAAGGCAGAGUAUUACAAGAUCAAGAAGGAGUGGGUAGACAUGGACAUUUUGCCUAUCAUCAAGACGCCCACUUACGGAGACCUAACCGCAAAACACCUGGUGGAGACAAUGAAAAUCAACUCCCCAAAAGACGCCAAGCAGCUUGCCGAGGCGAAAGAUCUCGCAUACAAGGAGGGCUUCUACAAGGGCGAGAUGAUCUAUGGCGAUUUUGCUGGCAAGAGUGUACAAGACGCCAAGCCACUAGUUCGACAGCAGCUGAUCGAUGCUGGCGACGCUUUCGCAUAUGCAGAGCCUGACGGAGAAGUAAUCAGCCGAUCAGGGGAUGACUGCGUGGCCGCUCACCUGGACCAGUGGUUCAUGAACUACGGCAUGCCUGAAGCGUCUGGAGACGAAACAUGGCAGCCCACCGUUCUGAAGCAUGUGCUGAAUGAGGACGGAAAUGGGCUCAACACAUUCUCUACCGACACCAAGAACGCCUUCGAGCAAGUCCUCAAUUGGCUGGAACGAUGGGCGUGCGCGAGAAGCUACGGUCUGGGCACCAAGCUGCCAUGGGACCAGAGUCAGCUCGUGGAGAGCUUGUCAGACUCCACCAUCUACAUGUCGUACUACACCAUUGCACACCUGCUACAUAAGGACAUCUUCGGCAAGGAGCGUGGCCCUGCAAACGUUGGCCCUGAGGAGCUUACCGACGAAAUCUGGGACUGGCUCUUCUGCAGGACAGAGGAGAUUCCAAAGACAUCGAUCAAGGAAGAAACUCUCCACCGCAUGCGCCGCGAGUUCGAGUACUGGUACCCACUUGACCUGCGAGUUUCUGGCAAGGAUCUGAUUCAGAACCACCUCACCUUCUUCCUUUACGUACAUAUUGCCCUUUUCAAGCCCGAGUACUGGCCACGCGCUGUCCGAGUGAAUGGCCACUUGCUGUUGAACGGCGAGAAGAUGUCCAAGUCGACCGGCAAUUUCCUCACGCUCGCGGACUCCAUUGACAAAUUCGGCGCGGAUGCCACGCGUAUCGCACUUGCCGAUGCGGGAGACACCAUGGAAGAUGCGAACUUUGAUGAAACGGUCGCAAAUGCCAACAUUCUGCGCAUGUACGAGCUGCGGCAGUGGUGCGAAAGCGUCAUCCAGGACGCAAGAGUGCUGAAGGAGGGCGAGACCUACGCACAAGUCAAAGAUAAUGAGAGGCACAAGACCAACGACUCAAUUCUCCGAACUGGAGAGAAGGUCUUCUGGGACGAAUUAUUCGAGAAUGAACUCAACGGCCUUGUCAAAGAGACCGAGGCACAAUACGACAACACAAACUACAAAGCCGCCCUCAAGAGCGGACUGUACGACUUCACGGGUGCUCGCGACUUCUAUCGUGAGGCCACCAAGGCCGCUGGUAUUGGUAUGCACUACGACCUCGUGAAGCGCUAUGUGGAGCUUCAAGGACUCAUGGUUACCGUCGUUGCUCCUCACUGGGCGGAACACAUCUGGCUUGAGGUGCUCAAGAAGCCUGAAACUGUGCAGAAUGCGGUGUUUCCCAAAGCACCGGAGCAAAAGCCUCACCUCACCGCUGCGCGUGAGUAUGUCCGCAACACUAGCAGCAACAUCACCUCCGCGGAGGGCGCGCAGCUCAAGAAGAUGCAAAAGGGCAAGCAGACCUCAUAUGACCCGAAGAAAGACAAGAAGCUCUCCAUCUACUGCGCUCUGAAGUACCCGAGUUGGCAAGACUCGAUCAUCGAAAUCGUGCGGGAGAACUUCUCGAAUCUCAAGGUCGACGUUGCAGGUGUGUCGAAGAAGAUCGACAAGAAGGAUAGCAAGCGUGCUAUGCCAUUUGUGCAGGGCUUGAAGAAGUCCCUCGAGAGUGGAAUCUCUCCUGACACCGUGUUUGAGAGGAAGCUGGCGUUUGAUGAGGUGCAGAUUCUCAAGGAGAUGGUGCCAGGUCUGAAGCAGACGGUGCAGAAGUGUGCUGUCAUUGAAUUGGUGGUCGUCGAUCUCGAGGCUAAGACCGGACGGAGAGUGGGCGGGACUGACGGUGAGAGCGGUGAGGAGUUGAAGGAGCUGCCGCAAACCGCAGAGAACACGGUUCCCGGACAGCCUACCUUCUUCUUUACAAACACCGAGUAA